GACGGGUCAGAGAGGGGUCGGCGUUGGGUUUCCGAGGUCACCACACGGGUUACAGUUCCAAAUCCCGGCCGGUCGAUAUCCCCUACCCGGAGCUCGGGAUGCGGAACGGAGCGGCCCUGGAUCCCGAGGCCCAAAAUUCUGAAGCUAUCCGUUAUAUCAACUUGGGAACCCUCAGCUUCGGAUAUUUCGAACCAACUUUUUUAUGACCCUAGUGAGGCCUGGAAGGGAGCAGCCAGAGAAUACAGUCCAGUUCAGAAUUCCUAUGGAGAUGACACAAUUUGACGUGAAGAAUUACCUACAGAGCAUCUACAGUGUCCCAGUGGCUGCAGUGAGGACCAGAAUACAAUACUGUACUAACAAGAAGAGAAAUCAUAAGAAUCAAAGAGUGAAGCGCCCUGAUUAUAAAGUCGCUUAUGUUCAGCUGGCCCAAGGUCAGACUUUCAAUUUUCCAGACAUUUUUCCUCAAAAAGAUCAAACUCCUGAACCAGGCUCUAUGGAAGAAAUCCAAAAUAAGUUUCUGGAAGAUGAGAAGCAGAAGCAGAAAGCUGACCCGCGGCGAGGAGGCGUCACUGAAUGGUUUGGACUUUAGGAGAAACAACUUUUCAAAAGUUGUAUGUGCAUUUUUAAAAAAAAAAAGAAAAUAUUUUCUAGAUAGCUUGCUGACCAAGCAUGAACCAAGUGUUCUGCUUUGAAAGAGCGUCUGUUUGGUAGGUUUCAGAUGCUUCAUAUUAUUCAUUGUGAGGGGUACCCCCUGUGGACAUUUGCUCAUCUUGUGUAACAUUUACUGAAUAACAGCUGUUGUUUAACAAGUGAUUCGAGCAGCCUCUUGUAAUCCAUCACGCAGUGCUCUGUUGUAAGGUGGGCUUGGAGUGAGCUUUGACACCUGAUGAUUGGAAACCUGGCUUCCAGUAACUGGCGCAAACUGCUGGGUGUUCUUAUCUGGACUUGGAGCUAAGAAUCCUCUGGGAACUGUGAUUUUGUGAAUGUAUAUGUAAACAUGUGAUGGUAGCCCAACAGCUUAAAUUACUUUGUUGCGAGGUUAAAUUCAAUGUUGGUGGAGCAAAGUGAAGCUAUUCUGAGGCCAAAAUUCAUGGUAAAAGAUCACGCUUUUCAGGGAAUUUGUUGGGUUACUCUGUACACUAUUUUUGACAAAUAAUCCAAAUUGUAACUGUUCAUUCUAGUUCAAGCAACAGUCUAAUAUAUUAUGUGAUGAUAUUUGAAUAAAAAAUUUAAAGAAUUA